AUGAGCCGACGAAAGUUGAGAGGUGUAGAAUACGAUCGGGAUUAUGUGAAUUUCGAUGACGACACCGAAAUCCGUCGUCUAAUCGCCACCGUCGAGGAGGUCCAUCUAAAGCGACGUGGCGAAAAUUGGGCGGCUCAAAUGCUCGACGAGUCGGAUGUUCAAAAAUGGACCGCCGAGUUGGAGCAAUAUUUUCGAGACUUCGGAGCACCGGAUGGCUGCUCACGCGCCGCCGCCGUUGAUUAUGUGCUCAGUGCUGCGGUUGAGAAGAUUUAUGAGCAAAAGGGCGGUGACGACGAACUCUCAUCUGCUCGUCUCAAAUCGGAAGUGGAAAAAGUUCUAGAAGCACACAAAGAUUCACAAAAUCCACUGAAUCGCCUGGACUACACAUCCCCGAAAUUCGCUGAAAACGCUCGUGCUCUGUGCUCGAUUCUCGGCAUCUCGGCACAUCAUCCGGAUCCGAAGAUUCUGAUGAAGGCGGCGUGUCUCUAUAUUUCAGAGAAUCUGUCAGAAGACGUCAUUGCUGAGGAGACAGAGGAGGUGUUGAAGAAGAAGAAACUUCUCGACAUCAAGGAUUUCCCAAUCGGAAUGGUGGCUCCGAAAAAUGGGGCCGUCCAUUUUUCGGCACGCCUUCUUCGUCUAAUCUCUCUGAAACAGCUGAGAGAUGUUUCCAAAAUGAUCAAUGAAACACUGGUGGAAAUUCAAAAUUUGACGAUGGACAUGUCGAAAAAAGCGAAUUACGAACAGGUGCAAUACGGACAUUAA